UUUCUAUUAUUUAAAAGCGUUGUUGAAAAUGUUUCAAUUUUACCCUUACUUGUGGCAUUGUUUAUGUAUAUGGUUAAGGCGAACAAAUUAUAAAAAUUUCUAAUAUGAAAGGAAAUGAGUUUGAAAAUGUAAAUAUUGAAAGUUAAAAUUCCAAGACUUUUGUGGGAAGCACUUUAGUAGUUUUAUAACUUCUGAAUGCACCAAUGUGGGGAGUGCUUCCUUAAGAUAGCCACGAAGGGAUUAGUUGAGGUGCACUUAAACUAGCUUCGACAAACCCUAACAGUUAAUACGACCAAAAAAAACUUAUUUGAAGAUUGGUUAAAAAAAAUUAAAAAAAUGGUUUUAAGCUUAGUGUCUGCGAAUAUGAUGCUUCUUCUUUCUAUUACAGGGUAUGAACAAUGGAAUAUGUAUAAAGGGAAAAGGACAAAAGGUCCUUUUUAGCUGUUAGUGUCAAAGGUAGUAAACAAAUUUAGCAACUUUGGCAGUCUGCUUUUGGCGUUCCAAGAAACUGCCAAAGAUGGGUAAAAGUCUUUGCAUUGACACCUCUAUUUGGUUACCACUUGCACACGGUCAACAGGGAAGACCCGGUAAAAGUAUGAUCUAGUUUAGUGGUUUUCUUGUUGUUUUCAGACAUGGAUCGGAAUCUGUUUUCAAGCCACUAAUAAAAAAAAUCCCACAAAUAUUGGUUUUUUCUGGUUAGCUUGUUGACUUUGUUGCCGGCCUGGUAGUUGUCAAAAUCACUGACUGAUUCUCUAUUUAUCUGUCUCUGCAUUUAUGCAUGUUUGCAUGUGUUACGUUUGCUGCUUACUGGGCAAUGGGGGUCUGGAGCUUCUCUUUGCUUCUUCUUUGUGCAUUUCAGCUUGGUUUUGCACAACCAACCACUGACCCUAAUGAAGUGGCUGCUCUGAAGAAGAUAAUUGAUUAUUGGAAUUUGGGAAAGUACCUGAAUAUUAGCAUUGACCCUUGCAACCAAAAUGCAACAUGGGCAUCUGAUACCGCAAAUCCCCGAAUUGCUUGUGAUUGUGGGGAGAAUACCUGCUAUAUUACACACUUGAAAGUAUAUGCCUUAGACAUCUAUGGUGAAUUACCCAAAGAACUGUUUGAGCUGAAGAAGAUGAAAGACCUAAAUCUGGGCCAGAAUGUAUUAAGUGGGACAAUCCCUGCUGAAAUUGGACAGCUAUCAGAUAUGGAAUACCUUAGCCUAGGCAUAAACAAUCUGACAGGCCUGGUGCCACUGGAGCUUGGCAACUUAACCAAGUUGAUUUCCCUAAGUUUCAGCUCGAACAAUUUCUUUGGACCAUUACCGUUGGUGCUGGGAAAGUUAGCCUCCUUAGAGCAGUUGUACAUUGAUAGCAGUGGAGUUACUGGACCAAUUCCACAAGAACUUGCAAACUUAAAACUCCUUCGAAUUCUCUGGGCAUCUGACAAUCUCUUUACUGGAGAAUUACCAGAAUUCCUUGGGACUCUUACGGAACUCAUAGACCUACGACUCGAAGGAACUUCGCUUGAAGGCCCAAUUCCAAGUAGUUUUGGUGCUCUAACCAAGCUUGAGACCCUGAGACUUGGUGGUCUUAGCGAGGAAGAUUCUUCACUUGAUUUCUUGGAAAAUCAAACAAGUCUGGCCAUACUGUCUUUGAGAAACUGCCGUUUGUCUGAUGAAAUUCCAGAAAGAAUUGGCAGAUUUGCUAAGUUGCAGCAUCUGGACUUGAGCUUUAAUAAGUUGACUGGUCAAAUACCAAGUGCAUUCCAAGAGUUAAUGGUGCUACAGUAUCUGUACCUCGGAAACAACAACUUGAAUGGAGAGAUACCUGCUAAUAUCAUUACUCCAAAGCUCAUUGCACUAGAUGUCUCCUUCAAUCAUAUAUCUGGAAACUUUCCUCCAAAUUCUGUGAAAGCAGGAUUUUCAAUGAACGUUGUUGGAACAUCCAUCAGUGCAAACAGUUUACCAGACAGGAAGGCAUUUGGAUUGUUGAAUUGCCUCCAAGGAGAUAUCAAGUGCACCAAUCAUGAAUCAGCAUCUUUAUUUUCUGUGAAAUGCGGAGGCAAAGAGCAGAUAACUGCAUCAAACAUAAAAUAUGAUGAUGAUUCUGAAAUACUAGGAGCUGCUUCGUUGUAUACCAACUCUAAAUAUCAGUGGGCUGUAAGCAACACUGGAAAUUUUCUUUUUAAUCCAAAUGGACCUCAGUAUACAGCAAGAACAGAUUCUCAAAUCACAGAAACACUGGACUCUGAGCUGUAUAAAACAGCAAGAAUUUCACCAGGCUCACUGAGAUACUUUGGCUUUGAUUUGAAGAAUGGAAAAUAUGUCGUUAAACUUCACUUUGCUGAGAUAACAAUGGAUGACACUCGAUCUUGGAAAGGUCUUGGGAGGCGCAUAUUUGAUGUUUACAUUCAGGGAGAGAGAGUCCUACAAGAUUUUAACAUUCAAAAGGAAGCAGGUGGAUCAAAAAGAGCCUUGAUAAAAACAUUUGAGGCUAACGUGACGAACACAAUCAUAGAUAUCCACUUCCUUUGGGCUGGUAAAGGCACUUGCUGUAUUCCAUUUCAAGGCACAUACGGUCCUUUAGUAUCCGCUAUCAAUGUUUACCAAGUCUCUGGUGUUGGAUAUAGUUCUGGAAAGGAAAAGAAACAUGUUGGGAAAAUUGUGGGAAUAGCACUUGGAUGUGUAGCUGGUUUUGGGAUAAUCUUGUCAGUUUUCUAUCUAUGGUUUAGAAAGGAGCCAACUGGGCAUUUGUUAGUGCACACUGACUCACCAAAGAAAUGAUAAAUUUUCCCACAUCAACUUGCCCUGUACUAGAUUCUGUAAACAAAAUCUUCUACUGGGGACUAAGGACAGCUUUUCUGUGGAUAUGGAAGUGCUCUUGUUUGGAAGAAUAGGUUUUUUUUUUUAAAAUAAAAUAAGGAAUGGUUUUCUGGCAUUUUUCACUUUUUGUGUGUAUAUAAUAAUGAACCUAAGCUUCCCAACAAAAAUAUGAUAUAUAAUAUGGGGUUUUCAGUC